UGCAAAGUUGCUCCCAGAUGUCGGGGCGGGCGGUGCGGGCCGAGACACGCAGCCGGGCCAAGGAUGACAUCAAGAAAGUGAUGGCCGCCGUCGAGCACGUCCGCAGAUGGGAAAAACGGUGGGUUACCGUUGGGGACACCUCCUUACGGAUCUACAAGUGGGUACCAAUUGUGGACCCCCGGGAUGAGGAGAAAAGGCGUCUGGCAAGCAAUAGUGAGCAGCAGAGGACCAAAGACAGGAGGAGCCGGCUGCCCAGUCCGCGGAACAACCCUGCUCUGCUCAUGCUGGACCUCAAUGACGAGAACAGCAACCAGAGCUCGCUUUCCGAGACCUCCCUCGUGAAAGGGGGAGACAACAGCCCCAGCCCCACGCUGGACCGCAGCCAGACGGUCACCCCCACCCCUCUGGGGGAGCUGAAGGCGGAGGACUCCCAGCCCCCCUUGCUGGGGCAGGAAGGAGAUCCUGGGGUGCUGCUUUUGGAGGGUACAGAUGAGCCCCCCAUGCUUACGAAAGAAGGGCCAGAUCCCAAGAUGUCGGACACCUCGGAAAAGGACGUAGGAGGCGCCUUUGAACCCACGGAGGCCCUUGAGAAGCAGGUACCUGAGGCCGAAGAGGUGCCGUCGCUGGGAGCGCCCCCGCUAAAACGUAUCCGCGCCGAGCCCCAAGAAUCAGAGCCCAGCCAAACGUCGGAGGCCUAA